UCAGUGACGGAAAGUGGACGGAUCGUCGAUUUGGAAAAACGGAGUGUCUUGUUUUUUCGGGAAUGUGUCCUGAACAACGACAGCGCCAACCUGAAAUGGUUGAAGGAAGAAUCGUGUACAACACUUGCAAGUUUUGAGGCUUUCAUUCCUACUAUUCCGAACAAGCAGUGA